AUCUCUCUCAAAAUCAAACAAGUUUAACAAAAAUAAACUGUUAACUAGUCACUCUACAAACUACCUAGUUGUGAGUCUAUAUAUUGAGGCGUAAAUGGAUAAACUUGGAAAGUGUUCAGCAAACUAUGUCCCUCUCACUCCUCUCACUUUUAUCAAGAGAGCAUCCAUGGUUUAUUCUCAUCGUACCUCCAUCAUAUACGGUGGAGUCCGCUUCACUUGGCAACAAACUUAUGAGCGAUGCUGCCGUCUCGCUUACUCCCUCCGCUCACUUAAUGUUGUGAAGAAUGAUGUCGUAUCUGUGCUGGCACCAAACGUACCUGCGUUAUAUGAGAUGCAUUUCGCAGUUCCAAUGGCAGGAGCUGUACUUAACGCAAUUAACACAAGACUGGAUGCUAAAAACAUUGCCACUAUUCUCCGUCAUUCAGAAGCCAAGGUUUUCUUUGUUGACUAUGAGUACGUUCCCUUAGCAUCCGAGGCUCUACGGCUGCUGGUGGCGGGUUUUAAGACGGGUUCUUCAGCCGAGGACGCUAUGCCUUUGGUCAUUGUAAUUGAUGACAUUAACAAGCCCACUGGGGUUCGUCUUGGAAAUUUGGAGUAUCAGCAACUUAUCCACCACGGAAAUCCCCAGUACCCAGGUGAAGAACUUCAGGACGAGUGGGAUGCGAUUUCACUGAAUUAUACAUCCGGAACCACCUCUGAGCCGAAGGGGGUGGUCUAUAGCCACCGUGGUGCGUUUCUUAGCACGAUGAGCUUGAUUCAAGGGUGGGAAAUGAGUACGGAGGCUGUGUACCUUUGGUCACUACCGAUGUUCCACUGCAACGGCUGGACCUUUACCUGGGGUGUUGCAGCUAGAGGUGGCACCAAUGUGUGCAUAAGGAACACCACCGCUGAUGAAAUGUACAAAAGUAUUUCGACCCACAACGUAACUCACAUGUGUUGUGCCCCUGUUGUUUUCAACAUCCUUUUAGAGGCCAAACCUCAUGAACGUUGUCCAAUAACCUCUAAGGUCAACAUACUUACUGGAGGUGCGCCUCCACCUGCUGCCCUCUUGGAGAAGAUGGAGGACCUUGGGUUCCACAUAAUGCAUGCCUAUGGCCUCACUGAGGCCACCGGACCUGCCCUUGUGUGCGAGUGGCAAUCGAAAUGGAAUCAGCUACCUAGAGAUCAUCAGGCCAAAUUGAAGGCUCGUCAAGGUGUAAGUAUACUCACACUCGCUGAUGUUGAUGUAAAGACAAAGAAAACAAUGGAGAGUGUUCCGCAUGAUGGGAAGACUAUAGGAGAGAUCGUACUCCGAGGAAGUAGCAUCAUGAAAGGGUACUUAAAAGAUGAGAAGGAGACUGCGAAGGCGUUUCAGAAAGGGUGGUUUUUAACCGGAGAUGUUGGAGUUAUCCAUCCCGACGGAUACCUUGAAAUUAAAGACAGGUCAAAAGACGUGAUAAUCUCAGGCGGGGAAAAUAUUAGUAGUGUAGAACUAGAGUCCAUUCUAUUCAAACACCCGGCAAUUCUCGAAGCAGCAGUGGUGGCGAUGCCUCAUCCAAGGUGGGGAGAGAGUCCGUGUGCUUUUGUUGUUUUGAAAAAGACAGGAAGCACGACCGAAACUGAAAUCUUGGCGUAUUGCCGGAAAAAUAUGUCAAAAUUUAUGGUUCCGAAGAAGGUGGAGUUUGUGGAAGUGCUACCAAAAACAGGAACUGGUAAGGUCCUAAAAAUGGAGCUAAGAGAAGUUGCAAAAACCCUCAACACCAACAACAACAGAAACAACAAGAGAUCUGAUAAACAAGUUCAUUUGCAUCAAACAUGGUACCAUCAUGAUACACCUCCUAAUCAGGAAAACGUUCUUGCAAUGUCUCGGCUUUGA